GGUUCGGGUUCGGGUUCGGGUUUCUAAAAUUUCUAACCUCUCUUUCUCCCUCGCUCUCUUCUAUCUUAGCUUUUCUUCUCCCUCAAUUUCUCUAAUAAAAUGCUGAGGCUUUGGAAAUGGUACCAGAACUGUUUAUCUGUGAAUCCCGUCAAAACACAAGUCAUUAGCUCAGGAUUUCUUUGGGGUAUUGGUGACAUUGCUGCUCAAUACAUCACCCACGCCACUGCCAAAAAUCGCCUUCAGAUAUCUAAUGCAGAUGAAAAAUUCAAAGUAAACUGGAAACGUGUGGCUACCACAAGUAUGUUUGGAUUUGGCUUUGUUGGACCCAUUGGCCAUUUCUGGUAUGAAGGAUUGGACAGAUUUAUAAGGCUGAGGCUUCAACUGCCACCAAAGUCAGUGCGGUUUGUUGCUACUAAAGUUGCAAUGGAUAGCAUCAUCUUUGGCCCCUUUGAUUUGUUUGUAUUUUUUAGUUACAUGGGAUUUGCCACCGGGAAGAAUGGUGCUCAAGUGAAAGAAGAUUUGAAGAGGGAUUUCAUCCCAUCCCUGAUUUUGGAGGGCGGUGUAUGGCCAAUCGUUCAGGUAGCAAAUUUCCGUUAUGUUCCUGUAAGAUACCAACUCCUCUAUGUCAACAUCUUCUGCUUGUUAGACAGUGCUUUUCUGUCAUGGGUCGAGCAACAAAAGGAUGCCCCUUGGAAGCAGUGGUUCACUUCGUUUCAUUCUUUGGAGAAAAAAGGUGGUAAGGGUGACUUAUAAUAUUUUCUCGGUGUAUGAUACUUUCUUCCCAUUCUUGUAUUUUUCGCUCCUUGCCUAUUAGAAUUGCAAUCACAGAGAGUUCUACAGAAUUUUCAUGUAACUUACAAAGAAUAACCCCAAAAUGCGAACUACAAUUUGAAAUUUGGGAUGUCUCAAGUGUUUUGAGCUUUCAGUGCUCAGACAGUCAAUUACAUAUACAACCAAAGCUAUAAUUUCUGCA